ACACAACAGCAAUCCAACAAAAGCAAUCGAAUCAAACAGUCACCCCUCCUGAAGUCAGUUCAGAUUGUAAUUUGUCGGAAUCUGAACUGAGAAAACAGGGCAUCGAAAACAUGGUUAAGAAGGCCAGCGAGAAACCUGCUCAGAGGAGUGAUUCGAGGUACAAGGGUGUGCGGAAGCGGAAUUGGGGGAAGUGGGUGUCCGAGAUCAGGCUACCCAACAGCAGGGACCGAAUUUGGUUGGGAUCUUACGACUCCGCCGAAAAGGCUGCGCGUGCCUUCGAUGCGGCCCUUUUUUGUUUGCGUGGUGGCACCGCGAAAUUUAAUUUUCCUGACAGUCCGCCGGACAUAGCCGGUGGGAGGUCAAUGACUCGGCCCCAGAUCCAAGCGGCGGCUGCCCAGUUCGCGAACUCAGCCCCUUCCACGAGUAUAUUGGAACAAUCAACUUCUGGGUUACAAACGGAGUGUCCGUCGCCUUCGAUUUCAAACGAGACGGUGCAGUUGGAUUUGGAAUUUGAUUUGGCGAUGGAGGGGUCGUUUAUGGAUUUUGUGAGUAUGGGUUCGGGUAAUUUCGCGUCGGAUUAUGAUAUAUUCACCGGAUUCGACGAUUUCUCGAAUUACUUCCUUGGAGCUAACUUGCUGACUACAGAAGAGGAAAAUCUGGAUUCCACAACAAUGCAGGGAUCCUUCCUUUGGAAUUUUCAGUAGCUCCGGUGGAUGGCAGCAGCGGCCGGAUUGUUAAAACGUUGGACAUUUUUAGUACUAUGUGGACUACUGCUGACAGUAACAAUUACCUCCGGAACAAUUGGAGCUGGACUUAAUUUUUUGGGCCAAUUUUUGUACGGGCCCUUGCUUUCCCAUUCAACACGUGCUAAAAAAUGAAGAUGCCGUUGAAUUUUUUUGUAGUGGAAUGGCUUCGUUUGGAGCUAUACGCACACCUUUUUUUUCUUAGUUCACUUUAUGGAAAAAUAUAAAUUUAUCAUAAAUAAAUAAUUUUAAUUUUU